UGUCCCACCGGCAAUAUUUUGACUUCAUUAUUUUGUUUCAAAUUCAUUGCAAAGUGCAUAUUCUUUGUUAUAAAAUAAUAUAAUAUAAUAUUUUUCUGGUGACAAAUAAACGUACAAUAGCCAUGAAAAUCGCAACUCAUGUUGCAAUAUUUGCCCUUCUUGGUCUGACGUCAUAUGCCACGGCUGAGGCAAAGAAAUUAAAAUAUCCGCGCAGUUUCAUCAAUCCUUAUCCUCGUUUUCAAGAAUAUGUUGAUGGAGGUGAUCCAGGUGAUCCGUUAUUCCUCACGCCUCUUAUACAUGACCCGAAGAUUCCUAAAGAGCAAGUGCGUCAAAAAGCUGCCGUACUUGGUAGUCAAUUUCAUAAAGUAGAAAGUUACUCUGGAUAUUUAACGGUUGAUGCAGCCCGCAAGUCGAACAUGUUCUUUUGGUAUUUCCCUGCUGAAGAAAAUCCUGAUUAUGCUCCGGUGCUUUUGUGGUUACAAGGUGGGCCAGGUGCAUCUUCAUUAUUUGGCUUAUUCGCCGAAAAUGGACCAUUUGAAUUUGACGUCCAUGGUCAUUUGCAAAAGCGCAAUUACACUUGGAGCCGCACACACAAUCUUAUAUAUAUUGACAACCCAGUUGGAACUGGGUUCAGCUUUACCGGCAGCGAUGAAGGGUACGCUCGUAAUGAGAAAGAUGUUGGUCGUAACCUUCAUGAGGCCGUAAUGCAAUUAUACGAGCUUUUUGAAUGGAAAACUUCCAGUGGUUUUUGGAUAUCUGGCGAGUCCUAUGCCGGUAAAUACGUACCAGCAUUGGCAUACCACAUUCACCUUAUGCAAAAUGCAAUUGACACUCGUGUACAUAUUCCACUGAAAGGUUUAGCUAUUGGCAAUGGUUUAUCUGAUCCAUUACAUCAACUUAAAUAUGGUGAUUACCUCUAUCAGUUAGGCUUAAUAGAUGAUCAUGGCUUGGAACGAUUUCAUCUUGAGGAGGAAAAAGGUAAAAAAUGCAUAGAAAAUCAUGAUAUGGAUUGCGCAUUUGAGGUAUUUGACGGUCUAAUCAAUGGUGAUCUUACAAAUGGCUCAAUUUUUCAUAAUAUUACCGGUUAUAAUUUUUAUUACAACUAUUUAAAAACUAAUGACGACUUUCCGAAUAAAGUGCUUGGGGAUUUUAUACAAUCGUCAAUAACGCGCCGUGCAAUCCAUGUGGGCAAUAUGACAUUUCAUGAUUUAGAUAAAGAAAAUAAAGUAGAAAAGUUUCUAAAGAAAGAUGUUAUGGAUACCGUCGCACCAUGGAUAUCUGAACUUCUAAACGAUUACAUUGUUUGCAUUUAUAGCGGACAAUUGGACAUUAUCGUAGCAUAUCCGUUAACGCGCAAUUACUUGAUGCGUCUAAAAUUUGUCGACGCUGAUAAAUAUAAAACAGCGGAGCGUAAAAUUUGGCUUGUGGGCGGCGAAAUCGCAGGUUAUGCUAAACAUGCUGGUCGUUUGAUUGAAAUUAUGGUGCGCAACGCUGGACAUAUGGCCCCAGGUGAUCAACCAAAGUGGCUGGAAUGGAUGAUCCAUCAUUUGACACACUAUAAUAAGGUUGUAUAAAUGGAGGUGUAAUGAGUACAAAACCACUCAUUAAAAUAUUUUUUUAAAUACUUAAACAUAUUUUUUGUCGAAAAUAACUUUCUUUGUUUGUAAGAAACCUUAUCUUAACCAAAGAAAUGAAGUUGCUAAUUAAAAGUAAAACUAAAGGUUUAAUUAGAAAUGAAA